UUAAAUAUCGAGUAUCCCGGCGAGUAAACAUAGCCCUGUCGAGUUCGUAUUACAAAACGCCGGUGUCGACAAGAUGAGUUGAGCGAUUAAAUUACAAGUGACACGCGCGUACUGCACUUCACGACGACGACAAAAUAUCUAAUUUGCUGCCCCAUCGAUGAUCCCCCCAACAUUGAACGCGUUAAAAUAAAAUGACCAAGUCGAUCUAUAACACCUCGCCACUCCCCAUUAAACACAAAGAUGCAGAACAAGCGUACCCGCGGCGAUGUACAUUUAAGAAGAAUCCAUUACGUAAUUCCGAACAACUAUGGCGUACUAUUUGCGGCUUUGCACCCAGACCAUCGUCGUCGAUGGUUUUACCACUUAAGGUCGGGGAAGGACCUUGCCCUGUAUAAGCUCGCAACGGGAGCUCAGCUUAAGAGGACAGCGUCUGAAGAAGAAGAAGAAGAAAGAGUAGCAACUAGAGACAUCACCUAGUUGAUGCGCGUCAAGAAUCUCUGGUCCAUGGCCCAGUUUCGAUGCCCUUCCAGCAAGAAGUAUAAAAACGUCCGGCGUACUCGCUGACGAACGACAUUUUUCCUCGUCCACACUCUCGGACCGUACGUUCGAACCAAACAUCCGAUGAUCUUUCGCCGUGAUUUCUGAUCGACAUUCGAUCGAUCAUCCUGGAAUCGCAGGAAAUCGUUCGCCUUCACCCACGAGUGUUGAUGUGCGUCGCCCUCUUCUGCUUCCUCUUCGUCUUCAUCGUGAUUACCAUCGUCACUCUCUUAUUAUUCAAGCCCGUUUACGUCUGGCAGAUCGAAACGCAGCAGUGAAGUGUCUCAAAAAACCAAGAAGAAAAAUCAGCAAAAAUGGCGAAGAUACUGAGGACACUGUACCUGGUUGCACUUUUUGUAUCCUUGGUCAAAUGUCAAGGUUCAUUGUUGCAGAUGUCCCAGGAACUCUGGACCAAGUUACUCACGGGAGGAUUCUCCAAGACGGGUAAACUAGACCCUUUGAAAGUCCCAGUGAUCAAGGUGGACCAGUCGGAAGGAGACACCAGCUAUAGGAUAAUCCUGAGGAACGUGGAGAUCACCGGGCUGAACGAGUCCACUCUGGACAGCAUCCACAUCGCUAGGGGACGAUUGAAGUCGAACCUGAGCGAGCUGGAGGCAGGAUACGUGAGCUACAGCGAUCUGAGGGACCUGGACUCCAUCAGGUACAGAUUCCACACUCUGAUCAAGGAACCGAAGCUCCAGAACGAGAGCUUCGAAGCCAUCGUCUCGGCUACCAACCAGGAGAGCAAGAUCAUGACCAGCCCGGAGGACAGCCGUUUCGAUAGAUUCAGACAGUACGAUCCGUUCCUGUUGAAGAUCCAAGCGGAUAAAAUGAAGGAAAAGCCUGAGCGAUCUGAAAACUCUCCUCAGGAUUCAAAUUACGGAACCUUCAGCAUGGAGGGCGCUAAAGUGGUAUCGAAACAGGACACCAGUCAAAUCGUUGCGAACAUGAGGUAUCCUGCGGAUGUUCAGAUGAUCUAUGCGAUGAGUGCUAUUAAUGCUGCUCUGAAUGCGAGAAACCAGGAGCAGAGGGAGAUGUACGAUCAAGGUAGGUCUGCUUCCUUUGGAGAGAGACGGGGAGAGGCUAGGGAGAGCCAGAGGAGAGGCUACCACAGUGGCAGGAGAAGCGAAACGAGAUACGAGGAUCCUGAAACUUCAGCUUCUGAGAAUGUUGAGAGGAGGCAGGAUCCGAGGGUGUUCCCUCCGUAUAUUGGCAGGGAACAGGUGUACCAAGGUGAAAAUAGGAGGCUGGAGAAACAGCCGGGGUAUAUCGAUAUCGUUUAUGCGGAUGGGAAUAAUAAUGGCAGUGUGAAACGAUUCGGAAAUGGAAGGAUCGAGUCUAAGCAGGAUGCUCAGGUGUUCGGAAUGAAGGAUGUGCGGAAGGAAAUUUUGGAAGGUAGAAAGGGCAUCAGCCAUAACUGCACCGAGGGAGAGCCAUUGACAAAGAGGAACGAGGCAGUGAAGGCUGCCUUCGAUUCGAAGGACCUGAAUAAUUUGACUAGGUACGCGAGGAAUUAUCAGGAGAAGGAAGGGUACUUCGAGGAAGGAAUGCAACUGCUUUAUCACUAUGGUGGAAAUCCUGCGAAUGAAAAAGUUGAACUGGGAAAGAGAUACAAACGUGCCCAUAAAGAAAACGAGACUGAUGACGACGUGAUGCACGUGAUCUUGAAGAUACGUGCUCCUGAACUUCGCAUCAAGUCGGAUUAUCAGUUGAAUGGAAAAGUUGGAAAGGAAUUGAUUAGAGGAACUGGAAAACUCAGUGGCAACUUCAGCGAGCUGGUAGGUGACUUCACUAUAGAAUUGAAGAAGAUGAAGGAUCAGGACAUUUUAAUUGUACGCGCAGCCAGGAGCAAAUUAAAUGCCAAAAAGCAAAACGUCUCCCUUCAGGGAAUGGACGAGGAGGGACCAGUAAAAUCGAUUCUCACCCACGGUUUGAUGGCUGCCGAAGCCGUAGCUGCCAUGCUCGCCGAUGACCUGGCAACCAAAGCUUUAAACGACAGAACAGCCGACGCAAUGAUUUAUAAAAUGUACAAAAAUCUUCCUGUUAAUUAAUUUACAGGAGGAUACACUUUCGACUGGAUUUUGGACGUUUAUUCUUUACGGUACACUGUUGCAUGGUUUUUCUUUUAUAUCAAUUGAUUCCGUUGAUUAAAACAGUGGAAAUGAUUGAUGAA